CUCCACCGCCGCCUCCUUGUCCCCAGACUUGAGCCCGACAUUUUGCUCAGAGCCAAACAGGACUUCCUGAAAAUUGACAGUGCUGCGGACUUACAACUCUUCAAGGAGCAGAAUGACAGCCUGGUGGACCACGUCCCCAAGGAGCGGGAGGCACUGCUGGAGCGAGAAUUCCAGCGAGUGACCAUCUCUGGGGAGGAGAAAUGUGGGGUACCCUUCACCGACCUGCUGGAUGCGGCCAAGAGCGUGGUGAAGGCGCUGUUUGUGCGGGAGAAGUACAUGGGGCUGUCACUGCAGAGCUUCUGCAAGACCACGGCCCGCUACCUGCAGGAGCUCUCCGAGAAGCCCCUGGAGACCCGCGGCUACGAGGAGGUGCCCGAGACCCCCGUAGCUGCCGAUGCCCCCGUGCACCCCCCGUUUGCCGAGCAGCACCCCUAUGAGACGUGGGACCCCCGGAACAUGCCGGCAGACCUGGGCUUCGGGCUGAAGAUGGUGGAUGGUGUUGUGCAUGUCUACACCAAGCAGGACAUCACUGACAAGAGCACAGAGCUGGACCUGCCAUACCCCGACCUGCAGGAGUUCAUCGCCGACAUGAAUUUCCUCAUGGCUUUGAUCAUCAAUGGGCCCAUCAAAUCCUUCUGCUACCGCCGGCUGCAGUACCUGAGCAACAAGUUCCAGAUGCACGUGCUGCUGAACGAGAUGAAGGAGUUGGCAGCCCAGAAGAAAGUGCCCCACCGCGACUUCUACAACAUCCGCAAGGUGGACACCCACAUCCAUGCCUCGUCCUGCAUGAACCAGAAGCAUCUCUUGCGCUUCAUCAAGCGGGCAAUGAAGAAGCACCUGGAUGAAAUUGUCCACGUGGAGAAGGGGAAGGAGCAGACGCUCAAGGAGGUGUUUGAGACCAUGAACCUCACGGCCUACGACCUGAGCGUGGACACACUGGAUGUCCAUGCGGACCGCAACACCUUCCACCGCUUCGACAAGUUCAACGCCAAGUACAACCCCAUCGGGGAGUCCAUCCUGCGGGAGAUCUUCAUCAAGACAGACAACCGCGUCUCGGGGAAAUACUUUGCCCACAUCAUCAAGGAGGUGAUGGCAGACCUGGAGGAGAGCAAGUACCAGAACGCGGAGCUGCGUCUGUCGAUCUACGGCCGCUCCCGGGAUGAGUGGGACAAGCUGGCCCGCUGGGCUGUCAGCCACCGCGUCCACUCCAACAACGUCCGCUGGCUCGUGCAGGUGCCGCGGCUCUUUGACAUCUACCGGACGAAGAAGCAGCUGGCCAACUUCCAGGAGAUGCUGGAGAACAUCUUCCUGCCGCUCUACGAGGCCACGAUCCACCCUGCCCAGCACCCAGAGCUGCACCUCUUCCUGGAGCAUGUGGAUGGCUUUGACAGCGUGGAUGAUGAAUCCAAACCAGAGCAUCACAUCUUCAACCUGGAUAGCCCUUUGCCAGGCAACUGGGUGGAGGAGGACAACCCACCCUACUCCUACUACCUGUACUACAUGUAUGCCAACAUGACGGUGCUCAACCACCUCCGGCGGAAGAGGGGCUUCCACACCUUUGUCCUGCGCCCACACUGUGGCGAGGCCGGUCCCAUCCACCACCUCGUGUCAGGGUUCAUGGUCUCAGAGAACAUCUCCCAUGGGUUGUUGCUGCGCAAGGCCCCUGUUCUGCAGUACCUGUACUACCUGGCACAGAUUGGCAUUGCCAUGUCCCCACUGAGCAACAACAGCCUCUUCCUGAGCUACCACCGCAACCCCCUGCCCGAGUACCUCUCGCGGGGGCUCAUGGUCUCCCUCUCCACCGAUGAUCCCCUCCAGUUCCACUUCACCAAGGAGCCGCUGAUGGAGGAAUACAGCAUCGCCACCCAGGUGUGGAAGCUCAGCUCCUGCGACAUGUGUGAGCUGGCCCGGAACAGCGUCCUUAUGAGUGGCUUCUCCCACAAGGUGAAGAGCUACUGGCUGGGUCCCAACUACCUGAAGGAGGGUCCGGAGGGGAACGACAUCCGCCGGACCAACGUCCCCGACAUCCGUGUGAGCUAUCGCUUCGAGACGCUGUGCCAGGAGCUGACUCUCAUCACGCAGGCGGUGCAGAGCGCCGAGCUGGAGCCCAUCCAGGAGGAGGAGAAUGUUCUCACCAUCUCCCUCGGCACCCACUGACCACCCAGAUCCCCCUGAGCCCUCCGGGGCUCUGCCGCCGUCCCCCCACCUGCUACCUCCUGCCCUGGGAAGGGGCCGCUCCUGCUGCUGUGCUGGUGCCACUGCAGGGGACGAUGGAGUUUGUUGAGUCUGCUCCGUUCCAUCUUGUUUAGAUCAUUUUAUGGGUGUUUUUUUGGUCUUU